CAAUACAAUAUCACCGACUUAGCGUAGAGUAACGAGAGCGAGGAGCAGACGCGUUCGGUUAAUCAACAAACGAAGUGAGUCACAGGGACAGGAAGACGCGCUGUGAUAUUAUUACACUGCUCUCACAGUGUCUGGAUUGAGGAAUUUAAAUGCAUCUGAGAUCAUGCAGCCACACCGGCCAUAUGUCACUCUCUGAGCCUCCCUCACUAAUAAAACCUGAAGAUUAGAUUACGCUCUUUCUGACCUCAAUUGUACUGUUAUUGCUCCAAGAGAGGCAUCGCUGAUUACCAGUAAUGUUAACCGGUCAACGGGGAUUUUAAACACUGAAUGGGCUCAGGAUUUGCCGAGGUGUAAAUUAAGUCUGGCGUAGGCCCCUGUACCCUAGUGAGAAAACAACAGAAGGGGCCUGAAGAUCAGCCCUAAUGGAAGAGAUCGAAACAGAGCUGACCUGCUCAGAGCAGGAUGCUUUAGGAGCAGAUUUCAUCACAGUGGAGCUGGACACCCAACCCAUCGAAUAUGUGGUCAAAUGGGCCGAGGCGGGCUCCAAAUUCACCAUAGCCUGUGUGAAGAAGGAUCUGGAAGAGGCUGGCUGCUUCACCUCCGAUCAGAUGGUGAAGGUGGAUGCAGACGAGACCUUCUUUGUCCCGUACGAAUCUGUGUAUCCCGAGUGUGACGAUGCCGAUACAGAACUGAUCGCCACUCAUGAGGAGGAAGUAGGAAGCGAGUUAGACUUCAACAACAGUACAGAAACGAUGAACAGCCAGCUCUGCGAAGAAGAGGAUAUUUCUGACGUCUCCUGGGAGAAGGAGGUGUCUCUGGCCAGAACCUACAACUGCCACUUUUGUGGGAAGAGCUACAGCCAUUCCUCCAGUCUCGCCCGCCAUCUGCACACACACACGGACCGACCGUCACUCGCUACCUCGAAAGAUUUCAGCAAGUUAUGUGACGGCAAAAAAGCUCUACAGUGCAACCUCUGCGGGGUCAGAUGCAACGGCAAGCGGCUUCUGGCGAUACACAAGAAAUGCCACAAAACCAAAAGACUGCACACGUGCAACACAUGCGGCAAAACCUUCAAUCACAGCUCCAGUUUAUCGCGGCAUCGACUAAUUCACAAAAAAGGUUUGGAUAAAAGCGCUAGGCCGUUAUACCCCACCCCGACCCCAGCUCCCAUCAUGACUCAGCACAGUUUCCCAUCAGCCGCAAAUAAACGAAUGGGUGAACAAGAGAAGCAAUACCAGUGUGCGCAGUGUGACAGGGUCUUCAGCCACUCCGCCAGCCUCUCUAAGCACCAAGUUGCGCAUGUGCGUCAGCUGCUGAACUCCUACACGCAUGGAAAAGACAAGUCGUCGGAUUUGAAGAUCCGUCUAAAGCUGUGCUCCCGCGACAAGCCCAACUAUUACACCCUGUGCAAGAAAAACAAGCACAGCAAACGUGGAAAGAAAAGGCUGUACCUGCCUAAUGAGGAGAGGCCGUACCCCUGCCGCAUGUGCGACAAGCGCUUCAGUCAUACCACCAGCCUCUCCCGGCAUGAGCACAUGCACGCUAGCGAUAAGCGAUACGCCUGCGACGUCUGCAAGAAGACCUUCGUCCGGCAGUCCAACCUUAAGCAGCACCAGCAGACGCACGCUUCCGGCAAACUCUACCAAUGCCAACAGUGCGGGAAGACUUUCGUUCACUCCUCCAGCUUCUCGCGCCAUAAGAAGGUGCACGCAGCCAUGAGGUUUUCCCCGAUGGAGGAGGACAUUACGUGUGAGGAGGAACUGGUGAUCGACGAGGCCGCUCCGCUUGAAUAUGAAUCUGAGUGAGAAAGACUUCCCAACACAAAUGUUCUGAUGGAUGUUCCUGUUUUAAUCACUCGUUAGGGACGUCAAAAGUAUAGACUUCGGUAGAAAUCGGUGCUGAAAUUUAAAAAAAACGAUAACAUGUGAGUGCUAUUCAGUACAGGUUCUUAAAGGGACGGUUCACCCACAACUUGUGUUGUCACGAUACUGGAAUUUCGGUACCAGUUAGUACCGAACUGUUCAUUUCAUGCUAACAUUGGAGUGUUUAUAACACGACCGAUUUGCCAUUUAUGUUUGCGUGCUCAACAGAAAUGACUGUGAUUGGCCAUGAAGGUCAUCAGUUCACCACAAUUUACCUAUGUUUACAGUGUAAACACAGAUACAGGGACACUGAAGCAUUUCAAAGCCACAAAGAUCAGCUGCCAUAUGAGCGAUCUGCUGAUGGAUCAGCUGAUAUUCGCAGCAUUGAAACAAUCCAGCGUUCCUAUAUCUGCGUUUUCACUUGGUAAAAAUCAGUGAAGUUUGUUGAACUGAUAACAUUCACAGCCAAUUGCAGUAAUUUCUGUUAAGCACGUGAACACAAUAGCAAAUCUGCGCUGUUUAAGAACAUGCUUCAAUGUUAACGGGAAAUGGACGCGUUUAAAAUUUCUGUUCCGAUUGGUUCCGAAUUUGCACUAUCAUGACAACACUACCUAAAACUGAAAAUUCAGUCAUCGUUUACUCGCCCUUAACUGGUCACAGACCUGUUUGAGUUUCUUUCUUCUUCUGAACACAGAAAAACUUCUUUAGAAAAAUGUUGUAACCAUUGACUUCUAUACUAUUUGUUUUUCCUGCUGUGGAAGUCUUGGUGGAUUCUAGGUUUCAACAUGUUUCAAAAUCAUCUUCCUUUGCAUUUAAAUGAAUUAAGGUUCAGUGAAUGGUAAGUAAAUGUUAAUUUUGUGGGUAAACUGUUCCUUUAAACAGUACUAAUUGGCAAUUGUGUCCACACGCUCAACGUAUGACGGUGAUGCUUUUCAUUCCCUACUGAAAAAAACAGCUUAAACCAGCCUAGGCUUGUUGGCUGGUUUUAGCUGGUCGACCAGCCUGAUUUUAGAGGGGUUUUGGCCAUUUCCAGGCUGGUUUCCAGCCAUUUCCAGCCUGGUCUUAGCUGGUCAGGCUGGAAAAUGACCAGCUAAAACCAGCUUGACCAGCCUAGCCAGGCUGGGAGCCCAGCUAUGUCCAGCUUAAACCAGGCUGGUCAAGCUGGUUUUAGCUGGAUUUAGCUGGUUAUUUUUCAGCCUAACCAGCUAAGACCAGGCUGGAAAUGGCUGGAAACCAGCCUGGAAAUGGCCAAAACCCCUCUAAAACCAGGCUGGUCAACCAGCUAAAACCAGCCAACCAGCCUAGGCUGGUUUAAGCUGGAUUUUUCAGCAGGGUUGAAACACUGGAGCAGAUAUAUGAGUCGAUAUAUGACGGAUCAGCUGAUAGACGUAACUUCAAACACUCCAGUGUUUAUACAUCUGUGCAAUCAUUCAGUAAAAAGCGUUCAUUAGAGCCAAUCACAGUCAUAUCUGUUAAACAUGUGAACAUGAUGCCCAAUCAGAGGUGUUUAAAACCCUCAUAUGGAGAUUUCUAAAAUUUCAGUACUGAUCGGAACCAAAGACAAUACCUUUGACAUCCGUACCCCUCGUUCAUGUUUUGCGAAGUUAUAAUUUGGGUGUGGUUUCCCUUACUAUGAAGCUUCUAUCUAAUAUUCUUGUAAUUAUUAAAAGCCCUGUUUGGCCACCUUUAUUAAUAUAUAUUACAAACAAUUAUAUAUAUAUAUUUCGUUUUUUUCUUGACAUUCCCUUUCGCUCGUUCAGGGUAAUUAUUUGCAAGUCCAUUUAUACAAAUAAAGUCCCUUAAUUUUUAGAUGUAUACACGAAAAACAAGAGGCGACACUGGCAGUGCAGGUCUUAUUCAUUUCCCAUGCUUGCACUGAAUCUGUGAACCCUAAAUAGUGUACUUUCUGAGAUGAGGUUGAAUUCAAAAGUGUGCCGGUAGGAGUUUUGUAUGCAAAAAGUACAUUUUAUAUGCAAUUUACUUGAAGGUUGUUCUAUUAAGUGUGCGGUUUGGAUCAGUAGUUUUCCCUAUAUUAUUAAUUUCAUUGACCAACUAAUUCAGAAGACAGAAAGAACAGGUUUUUGCAGUGUGGUUUGUGAUUACUUCAAUAUAAUCUGCGGGAUGAGUGCAAAUGGAGACGCUUACUCUUAACUAACAAAGUGUUUUGGGGUGAUUUGAGUGUUCUGGGUUUGAUUUUAACACGUUGGUACUUGUUUCCUAUUGUUUAUUUGUCAAAAUAUGAAAUCCAAUAUGUCCACGGAGGGUGUUUAUUAUUAUAAAUCGGAUGCUUAUCGGACAUGUACAGAUGCACUUCAAAUAUUGUUCCUAUAGAUUUCUGUGUGUGUGAAUUUGAUGAAUAUGAGAAAAGGAUAUACUCGCAAAUAAUAAAACAAAGCUUUUUACUUCUGCUGUAUAUGUGUAAAAAGUUGCAGUUGCAAAACAAGAAGUUCUAUCGGAUUUAUUUUUCUGUAUCUUCAUAAGUUAUGGAAUAGCCAAGGGAUUUCAUAUUUUAACAAGCAUUGCACUAUUGUAUUUAUAUAGACGGACAGAAGCACUACGUAUUUAGGAAAUUGGAACAUGGCUUUUGUGAAUCUCCCGGUGAAAUCCUCAAGGCACGGAAAUAUCUUCCACACGCUCUGGAAAAAUUGAUCAAGUGCCCUCAGCUAUACUUUGUGCAAGACCAAAGCUCUUCGACGCAGCACUGAAGACCUGCAGUUCAGCUUAUCAAAUGUGUUUAAUCAAACUCUUGUUAGAUGUUCAUGUGUGUCUGGGGUUUUCCGUUGGCCAUUUACUGUAUGUAUUGGAAUUGUAUGGCGAUUAAUGGUGUUUUGAGAGUCGAGAUUCACGUAUGAAGCACAGAUGAUGAUGUUACAUGCAGAAGGAUGUUGUUAAAAAGCUCUUGGUACUCUUUAUUGUUUUUGUUUUGGGGGUAUAUUUUCUUCUUAAAGCAUAAUUCAUAUCCCCCUGAUGUUUUAUUAUCAUCGUUUUCCAUGAAUGCAAGGUUUACUCCCUUUCCUGUCCACACUUUUCAUCAUUUGAUUUAUAUUUGUCAUCUUACUUUGGUUUUCAAUUGCUGUAGCUGUUUCAUCUCUGAAUGCAGCAGACUUACAUCUAUAUAAAGCUGGUUUUGUAUUGUGUUUGCCAUUAGAUUACAGUUUAAGAGUUCUGUCCUGGAGUUUUUUGUAAUAAAUUGGUUCAUGAAUCAGUUUA